ACACCUACACAGUCAAUGCACAAAUCCAAGUGGUGGGAUAUAUAGGCUGGUGCGUUGGCGCUGCAUGCAACAGAAUCAAGAGUUAUUCAGCAAGUUGAGAGAAAGUCAACUUAUUGUGUUUUGCAUAGAGAUACAUAGAGAUUUAUAUUUAUAAAUUUUUUUUUUGCUGGGUGAUUAUCACUGAAGGGGACCAUGGUUAUGUUGAAGAUCUCUGCUUUCCUCGUUGCCUACGCCCUGGUCAUUUGCCAGAUGUACUGCUCACAAGCCGCCCCUGCCAGACCGGGUCUAGAGUCCAUGUCAGACCGAGUCACGCUCACGGACUACGAGGCGCGAAGGUUACUCAACGCCAUCGUGAAGGAGUUUGUGCAGAUGACGGCGGAGGAGCUGGAGCAGCAGGCGACUGAAGGAAACAGCAGCGUUACAGCACAGAAGCGAGCCUGCAACACGGCAACCUGCGUGACUCACCGCCUGGCGGACUUCCUCAGCAGGUCGGGGGGAAUGGGCAACAGCAACUUCGUCCCCACCAACGUCGGCGCCAAGGCCUUCGGCAGGCGGAGGAGAAGCGUCCAGAUGUGAGGGGUCGUCAGGGAAAUGGUAAAUAAAGACUACAGAGGUUGAAAAAAAAAAGAAAACAUCAGAAAAAAACUGAGAGCAAAAACCAACAAAAACAAAAUCGAAGCGGAAAAUGAACACUGAACUGGCCCUUUAUCCACUCUCUCACCUUCUUAUGGGAAAAAAAGAUGUCACAGGACUCCUCGUCCCCAUUUCCAUCCUGUUAGUGAAACCCUUUGCUUUUGGCAAAUAAGAGAAAAAAAAAGAGAAAAAAAAGCACUUUAGUUUAUGUACAUGAACAAAUGAACUCCUGAAGAAAAGAAAAAAAAAAGACAUCCUAAUGGUUCCUCUUUUUUAUACAUGACUAUCAUUGGAAAAAUAAAAUGAAAGCAGCAGUGGUUAUCACCUUAUUUUCUUCCUCCUUUCAUCUCGUUAGAGCACAUUUCUUCCAUGCGAUGCUUCCCAUUUGAUAUCUAAACUCCAUCCUACAUACAUCCUCCAUAUUUACCCCCCCCCUUCCUCCCGAGGGUACCCUGUUUUUCUGUGUGCCAGAGGGACGCCAUUAAAGAUCAGCCUACCCAAGGCCCCCCCACAACGGCUGUUGUCUUGUGCCUUGAUGUAGAACAAUUUACAUGAACAUGAUUGUACAGUUCUGUUUCGAGACGAUAACGAAGACCCGAGCGAGGAUGAAGAGAACGAAGACAGAUUAAUAUUGUAAACAAUAUUGUGAAAACAAAUUUCAGCAAGAUUAAAAUGUAUUUUAGAUACA